UUUGCUGUUCAACAACAACAAACUUGACUGAUUUUUGAGACCUGAGACUGAAAGAUCAACUGGAAAAUGCCUGGGUGCUUUUCAAAAUUGGUGGAGAGAGUGCGUGGACGUCGGCGGUCUACUGCGUCGACAGGUUGUUCAAAUUCAUUUGUGGGUUGUUUUUGUUGUCUUUUUCCGUUUUGCAGGGUUCGCAAUCGUCGGGAGGUGGACAGUGACAUCGACUUCGAAGAGGAAUCAACUGCCCUGGAUGAGGUCCAGUUGGUUGUGCCAUUGGAUGAUGUGCCGGAUGUACCACUGCUGCCAGCCAUCCUUGAGGAGGUGCCAGAUGUGCCGACUAUCCUUGAGGAGGCCACUGGUAAUUGGCAGUUGAUACCGAUUAGGUUUAGCUCCCUGUACUGUGGGCCUGUUGUGAUCAGGAACAAUGCCGGUCCGGUGGCUAAAGCUUGGAGAACUUUCCAGUUCAUCAGCCCCAUUAUCACCUACAUGCGUGGGGGGAUCCCAGGUAUGUGUCUUUGUCACUACCUAAUCCUAAUCUACAUCCAGGUGGUGGUAAGGAUGCACCAUGUGAGUAGGGUUCGAGGCCUGGAGACUCAACUGGUGUGGGCCAUCUCCAAGGAGACACACAGACUUAGUCCAGAGGGCAUCCCCUACUGUGCCACCAAGGUGCAGUCCAUCUCUUGGAUCCAGUAUGUGGCUGGCAGGGUGACCCAGUAUGCGUCUCACCUCCGCCACGAGACGUCUGUGGCCGUGACGCAUGGCUGCUACCAGCAAACUGAUGUCUCGGUGGUGUACGCCACUCUCCACAUGGGGCUGGAUGGGCUGCUCUCCUCCUCGGCGUGGUCGGAGGCUGCCUCCGUCUCUACGCCCACCACUCAGCAGUUCACUGAGCCAGAGCCUGAUGGCCACAACUGCUAUGAGGGCUGGGAGGAGGACCUGCUGCCUGAGGAGAGGGAGGUUCCUCUGCUAAACCUCUACCUUACCACCAAGAGAGUGGAGGACAUCGGCCUGAGGCUCGUCUCCCUGCGCCAGGCCUUUACUACCCUGCUCGGUUCCACCCUGAGCAGGAACCAUCUGUUUGUGGCGGGAAAGGUCCUACUGGGCGCACUGGUUCAGGUCCACCAGAUGGACGAGGCCGAAUUCAUCCGUGCCUAUAACGACUUUGUGGACUACCUGAGUGACCCCUCCAAGCAGAUUGACAUUGAGAGGGAGCUGGCUGAGGCAAAGAUCCAUCAUGUUAACCUGAUAGAUGUCCUUUUUGAGCUGGUGCUGUUUGGGAUGAUGACAGCUCAGAAAUCCCUGAUGGUGCAACCUGGUGGGUUCAUGGAGCGUCUGUACGCUCUCCUGUACUCCUUCCUGCCCACUGUUGCCAGCAUUGAGCCAAAGGCUGAGAGAUACCUGUUGCUGCUCAAUGGCGGCCUGAUGGCUCUGCUAGAUGACAUGUUUGGCCAGCAGCUGGCCUGGUACUUUAACCGAGAGUCUCUGGUCACUGAGCUCUCCAGCCUCCUGGAGUACCACCUCGAGAUUCUUGUCACACUUUGCCACCUAACAGGGAUCUAGACACUAGUGGACUACAUUACUUUGCAC